GUGUAUUUUCACACAGCUACAGUCACCUGCGCGUGUCCGCCAGCGCGAGCCCGAGCGGCUGUCCUCUCGCGAGAUUUUGUUAGUGGAGCGUAGUGGCGACGUGAACUGAUGUGAGAAGUGGAGAGUUAUUUGUAUUAUCGGAGUGUGUGCGCCGUGCGGGUACCAGGGGGGUGUGCGCGUGUGUGUUUGCGGGGCAGCGAGCGUUCCGUGCGUGCGAGCGAGCGUGCGUUUAACGCAGCAGCGAAGGCGAGCGAGCUGGCGGACUUCAACAUGGCAUCCGGCGAAACGCUGUACAUCGAGACGGACGGCUCGGAGAUGCCCGCGGAGAUCGUGGAGCUGCACGAGAUCGAGGUGGAAACGAUUCCCGUGGAGACCAUCGAGACCACGGUGGUCGGCGGCGACGACGACGACGACGAAGACGACGACGACGACGAUGAUGAUGAUGAUGAUGAUGAUGAGCACCAGCCCAUGAUCGCGCUGCAGCCGCUGGUGACAGACGACCCGAGCCAGGUCCAUCACCACCAUCACCAUCACCACCACCACCACCAGGAGGUGAUCCUGGUCCAGACCCGGGAGGAGGUGGUCGGCGGCGACGAGUCGGACCUGCGGGCGGACGACGGCUUCGAGGACCAGAUCCUCAUUCCGGUGCCAGCGCCCGGCGCGGAGGAGGAGUACAUCGGCCAGACUCUGGUGACAGUCGCGGGCAAGAGCUCCGCGGGGCGGCUGGGCAAGAAAUCGGGCUCGGGAGGCAAGAAAGCGGGCAAGAAGAGCUACCUGAGCGCGGCCGAGGCCAGCGGGAGAAAAUGGGAGCAGAAGCAGGUGCAGAUCAAGACCCUGGAGGGCGAGUUCUCCGUCACGAUGUGGGCUUCGGAUGACAAGAAGGACAUCGAUCAUGAGACGGUGGUGGAGGAGCAGAUCAUCGGGGAAAACUCUCCUCCGGAUUAUUCCGAAUACAUGACGGGAAAGAAGCUCCCGCCCGGCGGAAUCCCGGGAAUCGACCUGUCAGACCCCAAACAGCUGGCGGAGUUCGCCAGCCCCUUCAGUAACAGCAGAGCUCAUUUUGCUCGUAGCCCCGUUCGGAUGAAGCCGAGGAAGAUCAAGGAGGACGACGCGCCUCGAACGAUAGCCUGCCCGCACAAAGGCUGCACUAAAAUGUUCAGGGAUAAUUCAGCCAUGAGGAAGCACCUCCACACUCACGGCCCGCGGGUUCACGUGUGCGCCGAGUGCGGGAAAGCCUUCGUGGAGAGCUCCAAACUAAAGCGCCAUCAGCUGGUUCACACCGGAGAGAAGCCCUUCCAGUGUACGUUUGAGGGCUGUGGGAAGCGUUUCUCUCUGGACUUUAACCUCCGGACGCACGUCCGGAUUCACACCGGGGACCGGCCCUACGUUUGCCCGUUUGACGGCUGCAAUAAAAAGUUCGCUCAGUCCACCAACCUCAAAUCACACAUCCUGACACACGCCAAAGCCAAAAACAACCAAUGAACUGUGGCGGCGGCGUGUCCUAAGCAUCUUAACACUGGAGACGUGAACCCGUGCUCUAGUUCUCUUACACGGACUCGAAGGAAGCGCCACGAACGGUGGCCGUGACUGUAAAAGACUGUAAAAGCCCUGCAUUCAAACCGACUUCAUAACGCAGCUCCGUCGGGCGAGGAAUCGAGCCGAACUCCUCGAACCCGUCGACGGACGAUGCUUUUACCACAAAGACGACAAGCGAGAACAUGGGGACUGUUGCUUCAUUCUUUUCCACUUUUACUUCGGUCUCUCUGGUCUUCAUAGAUAUAUAGCUUUUAAUUUUCUAUUUCUCCGAGUGUGCAUAUUGUACACUUAUUUUUGGGAUAUGCUUCGUAAUGCGACCUGUGAUCAUGAAUAAUCCCUGAGAGUUUCUGACGUGUUCUUCACAGACGGGGUGAUGAUAUUAGUUACUGUAAGCGACGUGUGCGUUUCUUUCUCCUCUGUUGUUUUGUACGGUCGGCGACGGGCGGACGCGUGCGGAGCGGCUGUCGUGUCGAUCUGCUUUAGUCAUCAGUUGCUUUUGUCCUCUAUCGUGUCACGUGGGACGGACGUAUUAGUUCACUUUUAAAGCACCGGUCAGUCUCACCACGGUAAACCGCAGUGUUAACUGUCGUUUUUUCUUUGUUAGAAUGUAUUGUAAAGGUCUAAACCAUGAACUAUCCUUUGUUGAUAUUUACACCGAUAUUUACACCUCACCUGUAUUUCAGCAAACUACAAUUAAAGAGGGAAAAAUCUC